CAUGCUAGGCCCAAUAUAAACAGCAACACUGAUUUUUACUGCAUUUUAUUUUAUUUUUUAUUUUAUUUUUUUUUUCCUUUUUCGACGUGUUUAAGAUAAAACUUAAGCUAUUCCAACACUGCGUUGAGGUGGUACAUAAGUAUAUAUAAUUUUUUUUUUUUUUUUUUUUUUGCCUUUUCUUCUCUCUCGCUUAGCUAAGCUAUGUUAAUACAAAAUAGCAUCUCCCUUCGUUAUGCCAUGAUAUAUAAUUAAACAUCUGCCAGGAAUUCGAAAUCGGCAUUUUUUUUCUUUUGCAAAAGUUUGUUUUUUUUUUAACUGUUUAAGUGAACAGAAAUCACUUUUCUCAUCUUCAGCCCCCUGUGGAAAACCAUGUAUAAAAAGGUAUACGUAAUCGACUGCAAGGGACACCUGCUGGGAAGAUUGGCCUCGAUAAUCGCGAAGGAGCUUCUGAACGGCCAGAGAGUAGUCGCCGUGAGGUGCGAAGAUAUCAAUAUAUCAGGUAGCUUAUACAGAAACAGACUAAAGUACCAAGAAUUUCUAAGACUUCGAACGAACACGAACCCUAAGAAAGGACCUCUACAUUUGAGAGAACCAUCCAAAAUUUUAUGGAGAUGUGUCAGGGGAAUGCUACCACACAAAACAUACAAGGGAAAAAUUGCCCUUAAAAAAUUGAAGGUAUUUGUAGGCAUGCCAUAUCCAUAUGAUAAAAAGAAAAAGUACGUGUUACCAAGUGCCUUGAGAGCAUUCAGGUUGAAAAAGCAUAGGAGAUAUUGUCGACUUGGAACGUUAAGUUCGCGAGUGGGCUGGAACUAUGAUGAGUUGGUCAAGAAAAAUGAAAUAUCAAGAAAAAAGCUGAGUAAGUUAUAUUACAAAAAGAAGGUGAAUGUACUGAAUGAGAAGAAGCAGUUAAAGACGGAGGCUCUGAAUAUGAUAAAUCCGGAGGAGCGCAAGGUGUUGGAGAAUUUUGGCUACGCAUAG